AGAAAAAAAAUUAAUUAUUUUUUGGUUGGUGGUGCCUGCCGCCUGCCGUGUUGAGGGGGAAGAGAGGGAAAGGGGAAGAGGCCUGGAGGACGGGGAGCUUGCAGCCACCAUGGAUUCCGAGCUGUGGAUCUCGCGCCUCAUGGCCGCCAAGCGGCAGUUCGCGCUGCAGCGCGCCCAGCGCCAGCAUGCCGCUCCGGCUUCCCAUCACGAUCGGUUCGAUGAUAUUGAACCAGAGGAUGAGGGACGCUCAGACUUCCCAUGCCCUUACUGCUAUGAAGAUCAUGAUAUUACAUCACUUUGCACCCAUUUGGAGGAUGAGCAUCCUUUUGAGUCUAAAGUUGUGGCUUGCCCAUUUUGCUCGGCCAGGAUUUCGAAGGACUUGUUGGAACAUAUAACUCUUCAGCAUGGCUACCUGUUCAAAUUGCAAAGACAUCACAGGUUACGUAGAGUUGCUGGUGCUGGCAGCCACACUCUCUCUUAUGCUGGGAGAGAUCUUCAAGAGACCUACUUAAAGGUGCUUCUUGGAAAUAGCGGUCGAAGCAGCAGUACCACCAAUACAUCAACUUCAGUCACUGAUUCACUGCUAUCUUCAUUAGUUUUAAAUUUAUCUUCAUCAGAAGCAGAAGACACCUCAAAAUCUUCUGCUCCUGCUGUGGCCGAAAAUAGUUGGUUUAAAAGAUCACUACCUUCAAAGAAUUGGAAGAUAAGUUCUGCUGAUUCCAACCUUAGUCAUGAAGAGAGGGAGCAGAGGAGGCGGCAAGCUACGGUGAGAUCAGCGUUUGUACAGCAUAUCCUUGUCACUACCCUUUUCGAUGACUAGCAGAACAACAGAGAUCAUGCAUUGAAAUCAUGUGGGCCUUUUGCCCACUCAUUUAUCUGGAUGAAUAAUGAGCUAAUCACCUCCGGACUCCGGUAUCUCGAAGUUGUUCAUCCAACUGAGGCUGGUACCUGAUUCCAUGAAGCUCGAUGAUAAAUUGAAGACGCAGAGGGCCUCUUACCUUAUAUGUUAUAUAUCGAAGCAGCUCUGAACAUUUGCUUUCCAGAUCAAAUUCAGACUGCUAGGCUAUUGGCUAGCGUUCUUAUAGUAGAGUCUUGAUGUUUUUUCAUUGGAUUUCGUUUUGUGCUGCAGAACGUGUUGUACCUUAUCCUAUUUAUUAUUACUAUGGACAUUUGAAUGUUGUCUUUCCAACUUUGGUAUAUGCAUAUGAAAUCUGUUUGACCCUUGCGUUCA